AUGAUGAACAUACUAGUGAUAAAUCCUAACAGUUCACAAAAAGUUACAAACAACCUUCAGAAAACUGUGGGCUCCCCAGAAUCUGUGAAAUUACACUUUUACACUGCACCCCAGAAUUCACCAACCGAAAUCACCCCAAAAAAUAGUCAAUUAUCAGAAACUGCAGUUUUGCAAGACUUUAAAGAGAGAAAAUCGCUAAAAGAAUAUGAUGCAUUUCUAGUAUGUUGUUAUUCUGACCACCCAUUGGUAGAAUCGUUAGCAGACUUUACUAAGAAACCUGUUUUAGGUAUCAUGCAAGCAACUUUGUUAUACGCAUUACUGAUGCCCGGUAUAAAACUGUUUAUUCUUACUAGUACAAGUGACUGGGAGCCGGUUUUGGAUAAAGGGGUCAUGGACUUUGUUGGUACAGAUGAGUUUCCUUUGAAAAAGUUUUAUCCGACCAGAGGGUUAAAUUUUAAUGUAACAAAUUUAGCGGAUGCGGAACAAUUUGCAAAAAUAUUUAAUGUUACAAAAAAUAUUCUCAAUGAGUAUCAAGAUGUGAAAUGUGUUUUAUUAGGUUGUGCUGGUAUGGCAGGCUUGGAUAAAAAACUUGGCAAUACCUUUCCAGGAAUAAAGUUUAUAGAUAGUGUCAAAAUCGGAGUUCAGUUUUUGGAAAGUCUAGUUCGAUUUGAUAGAGAGAAUAUGAUUGCAUCAUGA